AUGCAACUUGCUGCCUUCACUCUUGAAGACGAAGCACGGAGGUGGUGGAUGUUUACGAGAAUUGUGCAUCAAGGCUUAACAUGGGACAUAUUUUUGGAACUGUUUUAUGACAAGUACUUUCCUCAAAGUAUGCGAGACACGAAGGUGACAAAAUUUGAAACCCUCAGGCAAGGAAACAAAACCUACAUGGAAUAUGAAGCCCAAUUUGCAGAACUAGUUUGGUUUGCACCUCAUAUGGUGGAUAUGGACUAUAAGAAAUCGCGGAAAUUUGAGGGCGGACUACGAAAUUCCAUCCUUGACCGAGUCAACAUGUUGAAGCUACCCACCUAUGUUGAUGUGUUGGAGAGAGCUGUUAUAGCAGAGGGAAACAUUACUGCUCAAAAUUGGAUUUCCGAGUGGAAAGGAAAGAGGCAGAACAUUCAAGUAUCAAAAGGGUCAGCCGCUCCACCAAACAAGAAACAAAACUCAAGGACUUCUAGUACUUCCACCUUUGCUUCAGGUUUAACUCCUGUUUGUUCAGAAUGUGGAAAGAAGCACUGUGGGACUUGUUAUCGGUUCUCUGGAGCAUGUUUUCGAUGUGGCAAAACAUGUCAUCUAGUAAAGGAUUGUCCUCAAAGGAAUCAACAAAAUGGCAAUAGAACUGCUACAAGCUCAACAGGGUCUACACCAGCUCCCAACACCAAGUCAGCUGCCAAGCCUGUUAACAAUAAAGACACCGCAAGACAAGGAAGGGUGUUUGCAUUGGUUUUGGGAGAUGUGCAAAACGCUGCAACAGUGGUGUCAGGUACAUUUAUUGUUCACGGUCAUUCUACUCAUGUAUUGUUUGAUUCUGGCUCUACCCAUUCCUUUGUGUCAAAACUAUUUGCUCAAAAUUUAGAUAGAUCUGAAGAAGUAUUAUCCUAUAUGUUAUGUGUGUCCUCACCUUUGGGGGAUUCUUUGAUCUGUACCUCUGUAUAUUUUGCUUGUGAACUCCUAAAUGGGGAUAUUCGAGUAUAUUCCAAUCUGUUACCUCUUGACAUGACUUAUUUUGAUAUUAUUCUGGGAAUGGACUGGUUGAGGGAAUAUGGUGCAACUAUUGACUGCUUGACUAAGCAAAUCAGUUUUCAUCCUACGGGACAAUCAAAAUCUUUCAGGGACAUGGAGUAA